AUGGCUCGAAAGGAUAUCGCGCAGAUAGCAAAAGAUCUGCGCCAGAAAGACAGCGCCAGCGACCGUAGCGCGGCAAUGCCCAUAUUUGCCAAGGCGCUCUGGCACAAAGAUCGGUUUCAGUCAACAUGGGAUGCCGUUGGCGGGGCUGCUGGAAUCGCUUGCUUGAUGGCUGAGUUCAGUGUGCGAGAUGUGAGGUUGUUGCGUCGACGGUUGGGUAACACGGCGUACGCGCGGAACGCUUACCCUGAAAGACGCGAAUCACUCGGCAAGCUCGUCAGAGUUCUUUACGACGAUCCGCAGGAUGAUCGAACUUUAACGGCAUUCUACCAGGAUAUUGUGCCGGCCUGCAACCUAGAGAUGUUGCAAGAAUGGGAGCAAACGAGAAAUAUUGAAUGGAACGGGCCGCAGCUUUGUCGACUAUGGCGGUGUCAUCGCGACCGACACGAGCAGGAUUUCCUCCGAGAGCUGUUCUCCUCCGAUACGAGCAAGCUGGAAUUCAAGGCGCAUAGGCGUCUCUUCGGCAAGAAUUUGCAGUUCUGCGGCAUGGUUCUAUCGAUGCUCAAUACUAAGGAAGAACACGUCCAGAUCCCCAGCGACUUUACGGCUAUGUGUGUCAUGCCGCUGCUCAGACGGUUGCUGAGAGGGCGAUAUGAUAGGGAGACCCGGGACGACUUUUUGGAUCGCACGAUUCAGUGUAUCCAGAGACACGAGGGGGCUCUGGCAAGCGAGAUACACAUUCAACCGGGGGGGCUACUUCAAUACACCAUCCAGCUUUGGGUUGGCGCCCAGGGCAACAGGAAUGAAAAGAUGGAAGCACGUGUGGCAAAGCUUUUAGCACUUCUGCCUACCAGGAAGCAUCUGUUCGGUCUGGACGAUAUUUGUAGUGGCAUCGACGUACCAUGGAAAACAACCCCCGAGGCGAGAUACGAUCUUCUCCGGCUGUUCUUUCGUCACGUCAAGGGUUAUGAGAUGUCACUAGAGGAUAACUCGGCCCCAGGUCUCUCGAAGUUGAGAGAUUUGGCUAAGAACAUUAUGUGGCCGACGAAGGUCUUCUGA